CCCCGCUCUGGUCAUAGAAGAAAGAACCCGCGGGACGAAGUUGGUCAGAAAUUAGAAAUUUGCCGUUUUUUAAUCUACAGACUACAGCCAUGAGUUACGGACGAGGUCCACCAGACACAGAGGGGAUGAUUUCCUUGAAAGUGGACAACUUAACGUACAGAACCACGCCAGAAGAGUUGCGUCGUCAAUUUGAGAAAUACGGCGACGUGGGAGACGUUUACAUCCCACGUGAUCGUUUUACAAGAGAGAGUCGAGGGUUUGCAUUCGUUCGCUACUACGAUAAGAGAGACGCGGACGAUGCGAUGGAUGCCAUGGAUGGAGCGACUUUAGAUGGAAGAGAGGUGCGAGUUCAAAUGGCGAGAUACGGACGACCGGCAGAGCCGUACAGACGGGGUCCACCAAGGAGGUACGACAGAUCUAGAUCCCGUGACCGAGACCGAGGACGAAGACGCCGUUCCCCAAGUCGGUCAAGAAGCAGGAGUCGUUCACGUAGUAGAUCUAGGAGCCGCUCCGGGGAUCGCCAGCGGCGCUACAGCAAGAGUGCUUCGAGGAGCCCUUCACGUGGAAACUCUCGCUCACGCUCCCCAUCAACAAUUCAGAAGAUGAGCUACGGGCGAAGUCCUCCCGAUACAGAGGGUAUGGUUUCGCUGAAAGUGGACAACCUAACAUACAGAACCACACCAGAAGAUUUGCGUCGUCAGUUCGAAAAGUACGGCGACGUUGGAGACGUAUACAUCCCGAGGGAUCGUUACACGAAGGAAAGCAGGGGCUUUGCGUUCGUUCGUUAUUAUGAUAAACGAGAUGCGGACGAUGCGAUGGAUGCUAUGGAUGGUUCAACAUUAGACGGGAGGGAAGUUCGGGUGCAGAUGGCGAGAUACGGGCGACCGGCAGAGCCUUAUAGACGGGGUCCUCGGAGAUACGGGGGAGGUGGUGGCGGAGGGUAUGGAGGAAGAUCAGGCGGCAGAGAUAGAUCUAGAUCUCGUGACAGAGGUAGAAGACGCCGUUCCCGAAGUCGUUCAAGGAGCAGGAGCCGUUCACAAAGCAGGUCUAGAAGUCGCUCAGGAGAUCGUCAAAGACGUGCUAGCAGAAGUCCAUCACGAAGCCGGUCCCGAUCCAGAUCUAGGUCAGCAUCUAACCAUGGCGACGACUAAGGAACAACUCUGAUCAACAUGGCGUUGUUAUCUGACUCAACACAAAACCAACUUGUGGAAGAUUUCUUCUGAAGCCUACAGUCUACAAGGUGGUGUAUAAAAUGCUGUCCAGUUUAUAAUGCUGAGUCAGAGUUUGGGGUUGGUGAGUCGUCUGUGAUCUGCAAUCCGGAGCAGUGUAGCAGUAUUGUGCCUGUCAGAGCAGUAUGGCAGUAUCAUCCCCUGUUGGAGCAGUAUUGCAGAAUCGUUCCUGUCCAAUUACCAUGCUGCCUCAAUGGGAGCAGUAAAGCAGUACAGUUCCUGCCAGCCGUGUAGCUGUGUCCCUCAUGUCAGAGUAUUGUGCAGUAUAUUUCCAGUCAGCAGUAUCGCCGUAUUGAUCCUGUGCAAGUAGUAUGGCAGUAUUGUCUGUGUGAAAGAAGUAUGGCAGCACCACUUCUAAAAUUGAUCACAAACACUGAGCCAGGUAUCUGUACAUCAGUUGCGGAAGGUGUCGAGAUCAUCAUGUAAUGAAGUGGAGGAAUGUUUUUGAAAAUCUUAAACAAGUUACAGCAAAACCUCGUUAAAUUGCUUUAGAGGGGAAAAAAAUUUGUACCCUGAAACACACCUGUUAUAGGUUAUUUCUUUUCUUUGGGGCUAGAUUGUGGGUUGAUCCCACAGUGUUGCCCUAAAGCUAGGAAAAAUUACCCCCUCCUUGCCCUUAACUGAUUUGAUCAUGAAACACUAUUAAAAAUUUCAUGGAUCAAAUUUAGAAUUGACUUUCUAUUCCUACCCCUAAACUUCGCACAUCAGUGAAGCUUCAAGUUGAACCUAAAACAAAUGAGCUAUCAAGUUUUAAAAAUUCAUUGCCUUUAGCAGAUUUAAAACUUGCAAGUACUAACUGAAGCAUUCCCUAACAGUGUUGGGGUAAAGUAACUUUUGGUUGGCAAAUAUUUGAAUACAGAAACCAGUAUUACCAUGACAUGCUAGCUUUAGUGGACCUUUCAUAUGACAAGGUUCCCAUGAUUUGGCAGUUUGAAACAUAAAUGUGGUACAGAGUUUCCACAUCAGGGUUAUAAUCCACAGUCAUUCAUGAAACUGAAACAAACAGGCCAAGGUGACCUUUCCACCACAUUACUUACAGCGAAUGGCUUAGCAUGUGGUGGUCUUGUUUGUGUUUGACGUUUCAGUGGCACUCCAUCUCUUCUUUACAGUGUCCAGGUUUGUACAUCACACAGGGGUCAGGUGGCAGGGUCUAAUCCACUUUGAAUGAUAUAAAUUCACACAUAGGGCCCGCAUACCUUGCUAAUAUGCGACUUGUUAAAUCAUCGCUUCUGUUCCUUUGUCGGGGUAGGACGUGCAUUGCCAAUCAGUGUCAAUCAUUGGGUAUGUCACAAGUGGUAUUUUAGUUGAAUGUGCGGUUUCUGCAAAUGGACUUGUUUCAUUUGAGGUUGAUAUUUUCCAGAUGAGUUAUCAAGCCUGGAAAUAAUGUUUAAAUUGGGAUAGAGCGCAAUGACAAGUCUUCCAGCUAUUCAUAAUAUAAAAAAAUUUACAGUGUUAUUUACAUAUGAUAUAAUAGGGCAUAUUUGGUGUAAGAAGACUUACCUUCAAUUAGUCCAUGGGCUAGGCAUGAUAUUGAUACCACCUGCGGUGGCCAGACCUAAUUGGUACUAACAUGUUUGCAGGGUCAGCAGAAGUAAAUUAAGACAUGAUAGCCUUUCUGCAAUGCUUCAUCCAAAGCUUUAUCACAACUAUGGAUGUAGUGAAAUAUGACCUUAUGAGGCAUUGUGCAAAUUAUAGAAAGCAAGAAAAACGUCAUUACAUCGUGGACUUGCAAAAAAAAUAUAAUAAGACCAAUUUAAAAUGGUAGUUUUAUGAAGCAAAGAAAAUUUAGCGGUAAACAUUUUGUAAAGCAUUUCAUGUACGCUAUUAGCUGAUUAUUCAGUUGACCUGUACAUUUACAUGUAAGAUUUGGCAAGGUUUUCAGCUGGGUUGAUAACCGUUUAUUAACAGUUUAUAUACUGUUGUACUGCUGAUAUUAACUCCCAUUAUUAGGGUGAGUUAAGGUAGAUUAGCUCGGGUAAAUAAACGUUCGUGUUAUUUCCUUACUUCUGAUGGACAGGUCUGAAAGUAUAAUGUCGGAGCAAGCCUUUGAUCAGAUUUUUGACUCCAUCAAGAAAGUUCCGCUAAACACUAAGAUCAAAGGCUAAAUUAAUCCACAAUACUCUUUGCAGAGUGUAAAUGUCUACUUUGCAGGUAGACAGAAAAAAACUACUCUGAAGUGUAUGUAAGAUUAAAUACCAUUUUUCAAAUUUUAAAAACCUAUUAAAACCUUUAGGACACUUUAUAUGUGAGUGGCCAUUUCUGACCAUAUUGUGAACAGUAACGUCACACAAGGUUUGUACCACUUGAUAGAUGCAGUCUGCUAAACUACUACAAUAAAAUGCACACACAUACUUGUAUAUAGCCACAAGUUCAUUAACUGAAUAGACCCUCAUGCAAAUUAUUUCGUAAUGGAUAUAUCAUUUGUUGAUGAAGACACUACUAUGCAAAUGGAGCACCCAGGCAUCAUUCAUUAUUUUGAUGACGGAAUCCUUGAUCUCGCUAGGUCAGGUUCGUGGAACAUUCUACAACGAGCAAUGGACAUUAGGCAACAUGACUUGAACAUGGGCAAAUUUCAAAAAUGUCAUGAACUGCCACUACAGUAGCAUUUGCAGCAUGACAAGGACUUGACCGUACUAUCCAAAGGUGUGUGUGUGAUUACCUGUAACUAUCACUUCUACAUUUU